AUGGCUUUGCACCACCCUGUAGCUGCACAGCUCAAGCCCGAGACUUUCCUGGAGCUUCAAGGCCGCUUACAGGUUCACUUCCAAUCAGAUGAAUUCUCACCCAACCUCCUCGACGUCAAUUUCAUCCUCAGCUACACUAUCUUGACGCAACUGCGAAUGACUGGAAACGGGAAGCAAGUCAAGGCACCCUUCGACCGCUUCUUCUCCGUGAACCACAUAAGGGAUCCACCAAUAGUGGCGAGUAACGGGGUGAGAUUGGAUGGAGAUGCAAUCAAGAGCCUUCGGCAGCGAGUGCGAGACUAUGGUUGCUUCCGCAAGAGACAUGGCGAUGGAUGUGAGAUGGACCAAGCUACGACUCUGCUGCCCACUUUCAUUCUGGAACUGGCUGUACAUAAUUUGAGUCCAGGCCACAUGUGCGGACUCCCGUCACCUACCAAAAUACCCUUUAACUCAUUCAUGCACUUCUUGCCGACGAUCUUCGCCAAGAAUCCAGCACCCGCUUACGAAGAUGAAGAUGAGAACGUACCGUUUGGCGAGUGCUACGCUCAAAUGCUCUCACCCAAAUUCCUUUCAUCCGGACGAUGGACGGGUUACUACUCGGACCAACGAAGGGCUUUGGGAAGAAGACGCUUCGACCCGCGUAUGCACAGUAUCCAUUUUGUUGCACGGGACACCACUGAACCAAAGUGGGAUGUCGGCGGCUACACCACAUAUACGAUUAUCGAUUCGCAGAGCCGAGGGACCGAUUCUGUCGGAGAGUUCUCCCUGGAAGGUCGCGUGCGACACAACGAUGGAGAUAUCUCCUUGACGAAACGAUAUCUUUCAAAAGACUUGUCAUGUGAUUGGGAGGCGAGGAUGACACCGUUUGGUAUGGUGGGUGCCUGGGGCACUGGACGAAGUAUCGAUACGAGAUUUGGGGGGUAUAUUUGGAUCUGGAAGGAGGAAUGGCAGGGAUCGUAG